AUGUCUGUAGAUUUCAUCCCCUCACUCUCUGUUCCAUAUCGCAUCAUCAAAUAUUGGCUAUUUCAUUCUAUUAUCCUUCUUUCUUUCUUUCAUCAUUUUCCCCUCUUUCUUUUUGUUCCAUCGUUUCUUUCUUUGUAUUUUCUUCCGUCUAUCUUUCUUACUCUCAUUCUUUCUUUCUUUCUUUCUUUCUUUCUUUCUUUCUUUCUUUCUUUCUUCUCUACUCUACUCUACUCUGAUUUAUUGGAGCGGCCCUCAUUAUAUAUACUACAAACUUCUCAGAUUCACCCGCAGGUUUUAUUACUCGUUCACAUUCCUUCCUUCCUUCCUUCCUUCCUUCCUUCCUUCCUUCCUUCCUUCCUUCCUUCCUUCCUUCCUUCCUUCCUUUUCGUCCAUUUUCUCGAAUGUCUACGCCUUUCUCAUAUAAGUUUUUCUCGAAUUUCAUCUUACGUUUGUUGGUUUCUUUUUUUUUAUUUCUUUCUUUCUUUUGUAAAAUUAUUCUUUCCCAACCUUUUUAUAGAUUGCUUUCUUUCUUUGUUUUAUUUCUUUCUUUCUAUUCUUUUUUUUCAUCUUCCUUUAAAAUUUCUCUCCCUAUAUUUCUUCUUUUUCCAAUUCCAUCUUGCGUUUGUUGAUGUUUUCUUUUUCUUUAUUUCAUUCUGUCUUUUUUCUUUCUUUUCCUUUACGACAACUUUUAAAAAAAAUAAUUUGCAUAAUUUUUAUAUAACUUUUACGUUCCUUCUCAAAUUUCAUAUCACCUUUCUUUCUUUCGUUCUUUCGUUCUUUCUUCCUUUCUUUCUGUAUCUUGUAUAUAUUCUUACAUUCGCUUUGCUUUGCUUUUCGUUUAAAAUAAAAUACUCUCGGAUUGUGUCUAUCCUCUUUCAGCAAAUUUAA